AUGGUGGAACCAUUAUUCGACGGGCAAAGUAAAACUGCGUGCGACAUAACAACAAAAGCGACACGCAUCGAAACAUCAAACGAGUACGUUAUUAACGCAACGACGUCAAGUCGACGGCCGGCGGACGCGGGACGCGCAAAAGCACCGAUGGUGCGGCCGGCCGGAGGCCCGGGGAGAGGGACGAGCAAUCACUUCACGCGAAGGCUUCCGCUACGCGCUAAGUGUCCGUGUGUCAGGAAUCCAGCAAGACGUGCCAGCGCUGGACCUGGUGUAAAAAUAUGCACAAAAUGUAAUCACUGA